AGUUCAUGGUUAAAGUUCACGAUGACGUCUCUACAAAUAUUUGACGUCAAAGAAACAUUCACCAAUGAAACCAAAGACAAAAUGUCCGACAGGUAAAAUUAACGAUGGCAUCUACCUGAAUUUAUAUACACCUCCGAAAGAGUAAUCAACAGCUUCUUCCUCACAAACCACCGAGGGUAGAAUGGACAGACCGUGCCACGUGUUCAUCAGUUACUGAACGGGUGGAAGCACCGCGAUGUCCGAUUCCAAUGAGAGUGACAGGUCUUGGGACACAACGCCCACCUCUGCCAGACCGUCAUUGACAGCAGGGACUUCUGAAUCCCCCACCACAGUGGACAUACCGCAAGAGGAUUUUGAUGGAAGGACUAGCUCCAGUUACUUGUCCCCCCCGUCAACAGUCCGGAGGCGAAGGAGGUCGUUUCGAAGGAAGCAAGGCUUCAUGGCGUUUGUUUACCGUGUGGUGCUCUCAGACCCAAAGGAAUACCAAUGUCUCAAAGCUUGCAUCGCCUUUCCUAUCGGAGCUCUUAUCUCAGUGGGACUCUUCUAUUCGGUGAUCUACCCUCUUGAGAUGAAGCCAGUUACCCGUGAUCUUCUUGGCGGAUGUCUCGGUGUCGCUCUUUCUCUCGGGUUUGCCUUCAGCGUUGAGGUUCGCUGUGUCGUCUGCCUCGUGCUGCCCACCUUCUUCAGCAAGGCCGGGCGGUCCUACAUCACAGCCUUCGCCGUCGUCGUCCUCGUCUCGGGCCCCAUCCAAAACAUCGUCAACAACUGCCGCGAGGUGGUGCGCUCGCUCAGCUGUCUGGCUCAGCUCUUGGCCAAUCACACGCUCGCAAAACUGAAGCUGCGCCUGCACCCACUCAAGGAUGCGAUACUAAAGUUGCAAGAGGAAGGCUUCAUGAUCAACAAUGUUGGCCAGGCAGUGGAGUCCGCAUUCGCUCCUUUCCGCAAGGAGCUGGAGGAUGACAGCGAGUCGGAGCAGAUGAAGGAGAAUGUCAAAGAGGCUGAGAAGAUCCUCAAGAAGAAUGCCGAGGAUGGUCCACCUCCUAACCCCUUUAGUGCUGACGACAUUGAGAAAAAACACGAAAUCAAAGAAACGGACACCAAAGGAAAACAACUGGAGGAGAAAUGGGAAAAGAAAGUCGACCUCAGAUGUGAAGACGUCUUCAGUCAAGGAAUCCUCCGCUGUAGAAACUGGUUUGGCGAUCUGGAGCAGCGGUGCAUGGACGCCCUGUGGGUGAUAGGCUACCUUCUGUGUCUGCCUCUCAAGAUGACCUUCUUCUGCGAGUUGGUGCGGAUCGUGCCCAACGCCCUGGGCCUGGACUGCGACUCCUCCACGAUGGUGGACCCGGGGCUGGGCGAAACCUUCAUCGCCGCGCGAGAUAUGAUUGUCGAAAUCGCUCAUGGCAUGAAGGUUCGCCUUCAGUACAAAGUAGUCACGUCCUCUAAUGAUGAAACCGCGAUGACAGCACAAGAAGUGCAGAAAGGAGCAAUGAACGAGUUCGAGUCGAGGGCGCAGUGGGUGGAGUACUUCAUGCUGCUGGUCAAGCGGAUUCUUGCCUUCACCUUCUUGCUGAUCUUCAAGCAGGCCUACUCGUACCACAAGGCUUAUCUCACCAAAUUCCAGCACGACAACAUCUACUUGACGCACUACUUUCGCAGAAUCGACGCCCGUCGAAAAGCUGCUGGCAAGAUGAAGCUGCUUCCUCUCAAAAAGGCCGAGAGACAAAACCUCAUUUUCCCCUCAAGUUUCAAGCUCAUUAAGCGCGAGAAAGCUCAUCUGGGCAGAGGGACCUCCCGAAUGCUGUUCCGCCUGAUCCUCAGCGGCAUCAUCAUGUAUGUCGACUACAUUCUUGCCUACGUCCUCGACAUCAUCACACGACACAGCAAGAUCGAGUACCAUCAGCAAGGAGAGCAUCAUGUUGAGAUAACAGUACACGGCACGGGUUUCAUGGCGGAGAUCGUCCGCAUGUUUCUGACGUCAUUCAACAGCCACCACAAGCUGGACUCCAUCACCACAAACCACGCUUGUCUGCCGCAGGCUCUUCAUCCGAACUUGAAGGAGAACAUCUUCAUCGUGGCCAUCUACUUGGGCGUCUGGAUCCUCAUGUACUUUGAGGCCUACGGACUGCGCCUGCGUCGACUCAUCUCCAGUUUCUUUUACCGGAAACGAGAGAAGAAACGAGUGCUGUUUCUAUACAAUGAGAUGCUGAAAAAACGCAAAGGAUACCUUCGAGCGAUGCGCCGCCGUGUGAGGAAACAGGUGCGAGAGCGAAAGUUGGAGCAGACGACAGGGGUCCUCAACGCAUUGCGGAGACGAUGUCCAUGGCUGUGCUGGUGGCUGAAGGUCUUUAAGGCGUCCAAGGACUCGUGCCUCAUCUGCAAGGACCCCGAGAGGGAGGGCUUCAUCCGAUGCCCCACCCCUGGGUGCGGGUGGGGCUACUGCAGCGAGUGCUGGAAAGAUGUCAAGCGCCGAUGCUACGUCUGUCAAGGGAAACCAGACUCAGGUUUCGACUCUGGAUCCAGUUCCGAUAGUUCACCCGACAGCAGCGACCUCUCUGACGACGAACACUUCCUACGUUUGUGAAUUCGAUUCUGCUGUCGGACAGCGGUUUGUUUGAAAACUAUGAUCUUUACAGACCACAGACAAUGCAAUGCUGCAAGGAGUCGUAGGCCCCACAUGGUUAGACACUGACCAUCUGAGUUGCUUGCCUCUCAGUCCUUACCCCUGUGGCAUCCGUAUGUUCUUGACAAAGACUACGGGGUGAAUGGAGGGUAGAUAGAAGUACAUCCUUAUGGCAAAAUAUCAGAAGGUCUCUCUCUUCUUCUCCUCUUGCCUUCUUUCGUUUCUUUUUUGUUGUCAAACCUGUCAAUCUGUUGCAAAUUAAGAUAGUUUUUUUUUAUUUUGUUGAGUUUGUUUCAAUGAAUAUUUCUCUUUAUGGUAGAAAGUCCAUGCUUGCUGAUCUGUAUUACAACUCUUGAAGAUGUAGUUGCCAUGGCAAUGAUUCUGGCAAAGCAUCCACGAGGAACUGAUAUCCUGGUAUAAAAGACAAUUUUUUUUUUAAUGUUGAAUAAAA